CAAAAGGAAGAAGAAAGUGAUAGUGAUGUGAUUUGUAUCGGGGAGAUUCUUCCAUCUGUAGAACUUCAGAAAAAGGCUAAAAAUCUCAUGUUACCGAAACAUUUUUAUAAUUUUCUUAAAGAAGGAGAAGAAAAUGAAACUGGGGAUGAUUCAGAAACAGAAGAUGAAAAGUCUCAACCAAAAGGAAAAGAAAAGUCAUCAAUCUUUCAAGCACUCACCACUUCUGUGUCAACUACGACUACUGAUAAGUCAACAUUUGGAUUCUCUGCUGGUGCAACAUCAUUUGGUGAUUUGAUUAAAUCUAACACAUGUGAUGGAUUCGCUUUCGGUAAUAAGUCAGGUGGAUGGAUAGGAAUGCCAGAGCAAAAGCCAUUGUUUGCCAGCCUGACUCAAGGUGGUGAUGAUGACGACGGAACACACCCAAGUGAAGAAAAUGCUGAUAUUCAUUUUGAACCGAUAGCAAGACUCCUUGAAAAAGUUGAAAUAAUUACAGGAGAAGAAGAUGAAGAAGAAUUAUAUUCACAACGAUGCGAAUUAUAUAGAUUUAAUAAACCAACUAAUGAAUGGAAAGAAAGAGGCACUGGGGAAAUAAAAUUGAAGAGACACAAUAAAAAUGGUCGUAUAAGAAUUGUCAUGAGACGAGAGCAAAUCUUUAAGGUCUGUGCGAAUCAUUAUAUUCGACCAGGCAUGACGAUGGAUAAAAGCAAAACCUCGGACCGAGCAUGGACUUGGACGGCAAUGGAUUUUGCUGACAAUAAAGAACCAACUAUGGAGAUAUUUACUGUCAGAUUUAAAAAUACAGAUCAAGCUGAGGAAUUCAAAGCAAAAUUUGAUGAAUGUCAAAUGAUGUUAUUAGAUGCGGAUCCUAUGACAUCAUGCAAAGCGAGUUCAAUGAGAAGUAAAGAACUGUCGGACAAAGCAGAAAAAAUGAAAAAUGAGUUGAAAUUUUUCAAAGACAAGUUUUCUGAACAAACAAUUAUCCAGAAAGAGAACAGUGAGUCUAGUCUGACCGAAUCUGGACCUUCGAUGGUGGGAUCUCUCACUCCACUCAUUCAACAGCACACCCAGAGUUUGAAAGAAAAAUCUGAAGAUGUUGUCAAGAGAUCUGAUGACUCAAUAAUAGACACACCACAAAAGCAACCUGAAAACUCCUUCGCAUCACAAGGCAAUAAAUUUUCCUUCCAACCUAAAACUGAUAAUAAUCAACAAACUCCCACCAGACAAUACACUACAAGUGCUGGUUCUGAUGAUCCGCAGGCUGAAAGUGAUAUUCAAUUUGAACCAAUUUAUCAACUACCUGAUCAUGUGGAAAUAUUUACUGGAGAAGAAUGUGAACAAAUCCUGUUUGGAAAUCGAGCAAAUUUAUACAUGUUUCAUAAGGAGGCCAAACAGUGGAAAGAACGUGGUGUUGGAGACAUUAAAAUUUUACAACAUCUUUCAACUUUCAAAGUUCGAGUUUUAAUGAGAAGAGAACAGGUCUUGAAAGUUUGCUUGAAUCAUUAUGUUCAACUUGAAAUUAAACUUAGUUUCAAAGAACAGACGUCGCAUAAAACUUUGUUGUGGACUGCAACAGAUUUUUCUGAUUCUGAAAAAUCGGCUGGAGAGACACUUCAAUUUGCACUACGAUUCAAAAAUCCUGAUACUGCAUCAGUGUUCAAAAACUUAUGGAAAGAAGGUGCAAAGGCAGCAGUUGCAGAAACAUUACUUGAAGCUGACGAAUCAGCUAUCAAUACUUCAACUAUAAAACCCGGUGUUACCAGGCCUGGUGCUGUGGCCAAGAGCCCACAAAGUCCAGUUGAUCAGCCAAAGCCUACAUUUAGCUUUGCAAAUGUCCCAAGUCCAUUUGACGCAUCUAAAAAAUACUGAUGAAGGACCACAUAAAGUUAUGGGUUUUGUGUUCGAUGAAGAUGAUUUGAAACGGGAGAAAAAAAUCUAAACCAUCAGAAGACUUCUCCUGAUUUAUACCAGACAUUUUAAAUGAAGAAGGAUUAAAUUAUUAUUUUUGUGUCCAGCAUGAAGUUGGUUUAAAAAUUAUGCUCUGCUCGGCUUAGUUUUUUUUGUAUAUUUUAGAGUUGAGAGUUUAGAUUGUAAUUUGAAGUAUCCGAGCAAGACUUUCCGUUAUAUAUUAUGACUUGUUUGCAUAAUAAUUGAUCUCUAUAUUUAUUAUCCAUUAUUCAUUAUCUUUUGGCCGAUGGUCCAAUUUAGAAUAUAUUUUAAAUUCACAAAUAUUUGCCAAUUGCCAGAGUGUAUUUGAAAGAUUAAAUUAUUUUCUUUUGGCUGGAAUCAGACAUUAUUUUGUUGUUUUAUUGAAAACAGUGAACGGUUUAGUGGUAGAAAAAAACUACAUUUUUAUUUUUUAUUUUUUUUUAACACCUAAAACCUGUUUUUGAUAUUUAUGGCCUUUUUAUCAAAAAACUGUCAUUGUCGAGAAUGGAAGAUUGAAAAAUCAUUUUCAUUUGAUUGAAAUUAGGCAUAACCCAAAAGUAAAACAAAGAAUUUAAGGAAGGAAACGAGGAUUUAUUUAUUUUAGGAUUUUGAGGUGAAAAUCUGAAAUAUUUUUGUUGAACAUUGAUUUUAAAUUUCAAUUCUCUAAAUCUGAAGUCCCAGUUUGCUAGAUCAGUGCAUGUUUCCCAAACUUUUUUGUACUAUCGUUCCCCUACAGUACUUUUAACGUCCUCAUCGGUCCCGGACAAUACAAUUAAACAAAAAGUUACUAACAAAUUUAUUGCAAAUCAAUCAAACGAGUAGACUUAUCACGGUUCAUGGCGUUUUUAUAAGGUGGAAUGAUUGUGGCCACUUUUGUUUUAAUAUUUUGAAGACAUUUUAGUCAGGCACGGCUGCUGAAAUAUCUUUGAUUUAGUGACCCCCUUUCCUAUCAAAUAAGUUGUUCAAAAUGUGAGAAACGGUCGUUCUACUUGACAGAUAACCUGCGCCAAACAAUAUCUUCAGUAAAUUUUACUUUGCAUUCUCCAACUUCUAGAUCUUCUGGAUUGGCAGAAAAGUUGAAUUAUUAAACGUGGGACGGUGAGGUUAAUGAAAGGUGCAAAUCGAAUUUGCACAUCUGUAGGGAUAGAUAUUAGUCUUCAAUAUUAACUGGUGGUGUUUGCAGCAAUAGUGAUCCUUCUGUUGGUUGCGCAAAAUUUUCAGUCCAUUGACGGUACAAGCAAUAAUUGUUCCUUGCUUUCACCUGUCUGUGAGCUUGUUUUUGGCAUUAAUUUUUAAGUGUCCAGCAUUCAGCUGUGUUUUACUGGCGUCAUGGUUUGCCGUAUAACAAACAGUAAUUUUUCUGUCUCCUGGUGAUUUGGUAAUACACGUGAGGCAGUGACAUCGCAUGUAUACUAAAUAAUAAAUGUUUUGAAAUCGAUGCAUACUUUUAGCAAUAUUUAGUUUUAUGAAUAAGACAGUAUUUGCACCUUAGUCCUAUGGUAUUACAGGGUCUUUUAGGUUUAAACAAACCAGUGCCCUAGAGAGAGUUUCAACAGCUCUAUUUUGUAUAAUUUCUAUGUACGCUUGUUUGAGUUGAAUAAGUCUUAAUUUUGAUAGUUUACAUAUUCUGUACAUAGUUUUGUGCUGACCUACGUGACUUUCGAUUUUUAAAUAUUCAAGUAAUCAUUUUGUAUGUUGUUUGCUUCUCAAAACCCUUUUGGGUAAGAAUUCUAUGGCUAAUAGUAUCGAUGGCGUUUUUUUGAAUCCACGGAAGAAUAACAGACACAGGCUUUUUCCAAUUUUACUAAAAAAUACUUGAAAGUUCAUAUGGGAUGGCAUGGCAUGCGAAAUUAUUGGUUUGGGAACCCAAUUGAUACCUGUCGAUCAAAUUAUAUUUGAUAUAAAUAUUGAGCAUUCAAUAUUAUUAUAAUAACUAUUCCAGAUAACGAUUUUUGUUGCCAUUCUUAAAGAAUAGUAUUACUUUAGUAAUCAUCAA